AGAAAAUUAGUUUCACGUUGGAUACCCCACCUGUUGACUGAAGAGCAGAAAGCAUUUGUCUCAAAAGUGGGUCAUAUUGCGAUAAUUCCUCUUAAUGAGCAAAGAACUGUUACUGCGGAUUGGUAUACCACCAUUUGUUUGCCAAAAGUCAUCACCGAGCUUCGAAAAAUCAACCCCGAGAGAAGAAUCAUCCUCCACCAAGACAAUGCAAGCUCGCACACACCCAAAAAACAAGCCAGUAUUUAACGGAAGAAAACGUGGAAUUAUUGGAUCAUCCUUCAUAUAGUCCCGAUCUAAGUCCUAACGAGUUCUUUACUUUCCCGAAAAUUAAAAACAGACUGCGCGGUCAAAGGUUCCAAACACCAGCAAGCAGUUGACGCAU